CGCCCCCGGCCCGCCAUGGCUACUGAGCCCCCCGCCCUGCGGCUGCGCCGGGCCGCCCCGGCGCCCGCGCCCCCCAGCCCGCCCCCGCCGCCGCCCUCGCCGCUCCUGCUCAACGGCUGCGUUCCGCUCUCGCACCAGGUGGCCGGGCACAUGUACGGCAAGGACAAAGUGGGCAUCUUGCAGCACCCAGAUGGCACAGUCUUGAAGCAGUUGCAGCCGCCGCCUCGAGGCCCGAGGGAGCUGGAUUUCUACAGCACAGUUUAUGCUGCUGAUUGUGGGGACAGUGUUCUCCUAGAGCUACGGAAAUAUUUGCCAAAAUAUUAUGGCAUCUGGUCACCACCUACUGCACCAAAUGAUUUAUACCUAAAACUGGAAGAUGUGACGCAUAAAUUUAACAAGCCCUGUAUAAUGGAUGUAAAAAUAGGGCGGAAAAGCUAUGAUCCAUUCGCCUCUUCUGAGAAGAUUCAGCAGCAGGUCAGCAAGUACCCAUUAAUGGAAGAGAUUGGGUUCUUGGUGCUUGGCAUGAGGGUUUAUCAUGCCCAUUCUGAUAGUUAUGAGACACAGAACCAGCACUAUGGAAGAAGUUUAACUAAAGAAACAAUCAAAGACGGAGUGGCCAGAUUUUUUCAUAAUGGUUACUGUUUGAGAAAAGAUGCAAUUGCUGCCAGCAUUCAGAAGAUUGAGAAAAUUCUUCAGUGGUUUGAAAGCCAGAAUCAACUGAACUUUUUUGCCAGUUCCUUACUGUUUGUUUAUGAAGGCUCCUCUCUGCCAGCAGCUAACAGAUUGAGUGAUGGACCUUCAGCAGAGAGGACCUUUUGGGCCAAAGGACAGCUGCCAGAUGCCGGCGUGCUUGAAUAUAACAACAACAUUCACUUACUGAGUUCUGCAGAGAAUGGAAAAGUGGGGACCUCUGUAGGCAAAGUGUACAUGCGUCAUAGAGAAGCAUAUUCCAAGAAUCGUCAUGGUCAGACUUCAUUGAAAGUUGAAAAUAGGGAGCAAGGCAACAUAUGGAAAAGCAGCAAUUGUAUGUCACAGGAACACUUGAACGGCAACGUUCUCUCUCAACUGGAAAAAGUCUUCUACCACCGUCCCGCAGAGCUCCCUGGUAGUGCAGAUGUGGAAGUGCGCAUGAUCGACUUUGCUCAUGUGUUUCCUAGCAACACGAAGGAUGAGGGAUAUGUUUAUGGGCUCAAACAUCUAAUUACUGUACUGCAAAAUAUUUUAGAUAAUUAAAUUCUUUGCUACGUUCUUUUUAUGGGGCCAAUGAUAAUGAAGAGCAGCAAUGGAUCUCUGCCCUUGUAAUGUUAUGUAACAGAUUUGUAUUGUGAUUCAACUACAUUUUAUUUGUCUUUGUACUUUUUGGUAGAAGGGUUCACUUUUUUAUACUCUUACUCAGGAAAACUCAUUAAUAGUUGUUCAUUAGAAGACUAUGAACAGAGAAGAAGACAUAGGAAAUGUUAAGCAGGGGAUGUGGUGGUGCAUGACUUGGUCUGUGCCUCUCGGCCUGAGUUAAAUAAAAACUCUUGGGUUUGAAGGAUUGGGUUUUAGCUUCCUGUAGCGAAUCAUCAGUGCAUCCCUGUCCACCCAGCCUUGCCAUUGAGCCAUAGUGAGUAGGAAACACACCGAAGUGUAGAAGGGACAGGUUGAUACCCUCAACCUCAUCUGUGGCCCCAGACCAAGUUACCGAGCUGAGGAAGUCUGAGUUGAUGAAGAAGUAACAACGACGAAGUCUAGAUUCUCUCUUCCGUGUUCAGACCAGCCAGUCACAGGUGCUAAGGUGCUUCUUUCUCAAAGUGGAUAAUAUUCUUGUUGCAUUUUAAAAAGAUAAUCCCCUUUAUUUCCAAAAUAGUUUAUUUGAAAGAUAACAGCAGACUCCCUAAAAAAUGGCUUGGAAUCUGAAGGGAAUUAAUUGUUAUUGCCCCAAGUGAAAAAGAAAAAUAUUUUUCUCUUUUAAGAAAGUCUUACAUUUCAGAGAUGAAUACAUUUUUACAGCUUUCUUCUCUGAGAGAAUCCAAACUCUUACUCUAUGGAGGAUUGAAGUUCUGCCCUUUGUAAGUUUUUUAUUUUAAUGGUGUUUUUACUCUUAGAUGCCAUUUCGUUUUACCACCAUUUGUUUGAGAGAAACCGUGGUACUAAAGUAAUGUCUCAGUUUUCAUAAGCAAGAACAGCUGUCAUUAAUAUGACUGAUUAUUCAGAGUAGACUUUUUUUCCUUCAAUGUCUUAUAAUAGGAUUCAGUGCUUUUUUCAUAAAAUCCAACUUUCUACUUUAUUGUUAUUCAAGCCAGUAGAGUUUAAUUAUAAGUAUAUAUAGUCUUAUAUUUCAGAACACAUCUCAUGAUGACUUUCACCUUUAGAAUUGAAUUUUUUGAGGGAAGAUGCCGCUUUGCACACAUUCUUAGGUAUUUUUAUAUCGAUUGAAAAGUUGGAUUCUUAAGUAUUUGCUGUAAGUGAACAAGAACAAAAAACUUUCAUGAUGCCAUAAUCUUUUUUGGAAAUUGUGUACCUGAAACUUUUUUCACCUUCAUUUUUGGUAGGGGUAGGGCUACGUUUUGUUGCAUUCUUUUGGUUCUAGUCAAGUCAGUCAUGAUUUGAAAGACUAGUUCAUAAUGGAAAAAUGUCAUUGGGAGUUCAUUUGAGUUUAGUUUCAGUUUUGCUUAAAGGUGAAAACAUGAGGCAGAGCACAUCUGAGUUCUGGCUUCAGAGUCAGCUUGUACCUUGCAGACUGUGUAGUCAGGGUUGGUCGAAAAUCAGUCAGAACCACGUGGCUUCUUUGUCUUUAAGGCAUAGACUGAGUUGAAGGGGAAACGCUGAUGAUAGUUGGGAUUUUUUUUUAAUCUUUUCUGUUGCAGUCCACAUACUUUUUGUAUUUUGAUUCAUUUCUAAAUCUGCCAUGUUCCAGGAAAAUAUUUGCUUGACUGUUGGUUGUUUUUUUGGCCCUUCCUCACAAUAGAUAGUUUUGAAAAGAGAAAAGUUUUUUAAACAACUGGUAAGGGUGACAGUUAUUUAUGCUUAUAAACCUCAGUCUCUCUGUCUCCGUCUCCAUCUCUGUCUCUGUCUCUCUCUCACUUUUCCUUCUUUCUUUAGGUUGGGGGUGGAGGAUGAUAGCAAUGAUCUUUCCUAACUCUCAGAGACCAAGAUACAAAAUGCCUGAGUCUGAAAAAAUAGAGCUGCUCUAUAUGAGUUCAUUUUGUGAUUGAUACCUUAAUAAAUCCUACAGCAUUUUGAAA